UCCCCGAAAUCAAGAGCCCAUUCAAAGAUUUCGCCAUCCCACCGCUAGCCCUAGCCGUAAUCCCUCAUUUCUACUUUACCGCCAUUAAAAUUCUCCCUUCAAAGCUUCGAUUCUUCGGUUGUUCCAAUCCAAAGCUUUUUCUCCAUUCAAGGUCAAUCACAUGGACUUUGCCAGCUGCUCCCUUCGACAUUCUGUCACCGGACCUAUUUCAACUACAAUUACGACCACUGCUCCAAUCACAAUCGUCGCCAUCAUCACUCUGUAAACUUCUCCGGCGAUCUUCCUUUUCCGGUAUCGAAUCCGGCAAUCUGGUUGGUUCGUGAAGAUACUUCGUUAUCUGUGGAAGUUUUUGUUUUCGGUUGGCUGUUCCAGAUGACAACUGUUGAAGGCUACGGCGCGUGCUUGCGGGAGCAAGCUCUUCAGUUUCCGCGUCCCAAUUGCAAGGAUAGAUGCCCGAGACAAUGUACCAAGAGGACUGUCAGAUGGAGGUCUCCACGAGCUGCCAUCCUACCCGAUUUACAUCUUCCAAUGCGCAGUUUGGAAGUCAAGAACAGGACAUCAACAGAUGAUAUCAAGUCUCUUAGACUUAUAACUGCCUGUAAAACACCGUAUCUUCCCGAUGGUAGGUUCGAUCUAGAAGCUUAUGAUGCCUUGCUGAAUCGGCAGAUUGAAAAUGGCGUUGAAGGUGUGAUUGUGGGUGGCACAACUGGUGAAGGUCAGUUGAUGAGCUGGCAUGAACACAUAAUGCUUAUUGGUCACACUGUCAACUGUUUUGGUGGAUCAAUCAAGGUAAUAGGCAACACUGGAAGUAACUCUACAAGAGAAGCAAUUCAUGCUUCUGAGCAGGGAUUUGCAGUUGGAAUGCAUGCUGCUCUUCAUAUAAAUCCUUAUUAUGGCAAAACCUCCACUGAAGGAAUGAUCUCACACUUCAAUUGUGUGCUUUCUAUGGGCCCGUCGAUUAUAUACAACGUACCAUCGCGAACUGGCCAAGAUAUUCCCCCACAUAUCAUUCAAGCUGUUUCUCAAAGCGACAAUCUUGCAGGUGUGAAGGAAUGUGUCGGGAAUGAUCGUGUCGAGCAGUAUACCAACCAAGGAAUUGUGGUUUGGAGUGGAAACGACGAUCAGUGUCACGAUGCUAGGUGGAAUCAUGGAGCAACUGGAGUUAUUUCUGUAACUAGCAACUUGGUGCCGGGUUUAAUGAGAGAGCUUAUGUUUGGAGGGAAGAAUCCUUCCCUUAACGCAAAACUAUUGUCUUUGAUGGACUGGCUGUUCUUCGAACCCAACCCGAUUGGUUUAAACACAGCUCUCGCUCAACUCGGGGUCGUGAGGCCUGUGUUUAGGCUACCCUAUGUACCUCUUCCAAAAGCAAAGAGGGAGGAGUUUGUGAAAUUGGUCAAGCAAAUUGGGCGCGAGAAUUUCAUCGGGGAAAGAGACGUACAGGUUCUCGAUGACGAUGAUUUCAUUUUGGUUAGUCGAUACUAAUGAUGUGGAUCCUUGCCAAGAGUUGUCGAGGCCUACAAGCUGCGUUGCUUGUUCGGGUUAUUCAGGUCUAUUCCAUGCCCUUAACUCUUAAAAUUUUCUUGUUCCUUGUCUGUCUCUAGUAAUUGGUAUAGUAAAAGGCUGUUAUGAGUGUUGAAUUUGUAGUCAUAAUAAUGAUAUCAUCAUGAAUAAAUGGACGUGUUUAAGAAGUCUUCAAGUCGUUUCUUGGCGUCUACUAAUAGUGUGUUCAUUUUAUUAUAUAAGGGGAUGUGCCUGUUGGUUGUUGGC